AUGAGUUCCAUCCCAUCUUAUAUGACAACUAUUUACCUCAACAGGAGUCCUGAAGGUGAAGUUAAAACCGAUUUUGGUUUACCAGAUUCGACUUUCAAAGUAAUUAAAGAAACAGUUCGAGAAUUAAAGGAUGGUGAGCUUUUAGUGAAGAACCUUUACCUUGCCAAUGAUGCUGAUCAAAGAAUUUAUAUCAGAAAAGAUAUUUCAACUGGUGCUUUUGAGGAAGAUCAUGUUAAGGAGAAUCAUCCAAUGAUCUGUCAUGCUGUAGCUAAAGUAUUGAAAUCCAAAGAUUCUAAAGUGAAAGUAGGUGAAUUAAUUGCCUGUACUUCUCAUUGGGGUGAUUAUGCCAUUAUUCCAGGGAAAAAUGUUGAAACAGGAGUCAUUGGUGCUCUUGGUUUACCUAUAACUUCAUAUGUUGAUACCAUUGGUGGUACUGGUUUAUAUGCUUAUUUCUCCAUUUUUAAUGCCUUUAAAUUGAAAAAGGAACAUGUAUUAGUUGUUGGAGGUGCAGCUGGAGCCACUGGUUCGAUCAUUGUUCAACUUGCCAAAAACGUUAUAGGAGCCAAAAAAGUCAUUGGUAUUGCGGGUGGUAAGUCUAAAUGUGACUUUGUAAAAUCUUUAGGAGCUGAUGCUUGUAUUGAUUACAAAGACCCCAAUUUUGCCGAGAAAAUGAAGAGAGCUUUAGGUAGAGAUGGUGAAUGUGACGUAUAUUUUGAUGGAAUUGGGGGAAAGAUCUUAGAAGAAAUGUUCUUAUUAACCAAAAAGAACGGUACCAUCAUUGCUGGUGGUUCGGUUUCUGGUUAUAAUGAUGCUGAUAAAGCCAAAAUCAACAAUUGGGAUUUGAUUACCUCUAGAAGUUUACAUAUAAGAGGGUUCGUCCUUGAUGAUUACAUCAAGGGAGCAGUCAAAGCAGUAUUAUGGAUCUCCUGGUGGGUUAAAAGAGGGAAAAUCAACCCCAAAUUGAUUGAUUUAGUCGACUUGACCAGAGAUAACCAAGCUAUUGAAAGAAUUCCAGCCAUUUGGAACAGAUUAUUCACUGGUCAAAAGAAAGGUGGUAAAUUAAUCACAAAAUUAGCUGAUUCAUAG